UUCUUGUAGGCCAAACAGCCAGGUACCGCACACUCACGAUAAAAUGCCGAAGGUCUCUUCGUGAUAGCAUGCCACCGAAAUACAACGUGGGAAACCUGUGUGUCGUUUUGUUUUCCAUCCAGCUUUAUAUUGGCAAUAUCUGAGCAUCCUGUUUGGCAUUUAAAAGGAGUAGUAUCGUUCUUCCAACCCAUUGGUUUCGAUCUGCAGGUUGAUCAAAUCCGAAUUACAGACAGCAAUGGGGGACAAGGUCACUGUAACAAUGAUGCUGAAGGCUGACCUGCAGUGCUAUUACUGCUACAAGAAGGUGAAGAAAAUUUUAUGUAAAUUUCCUGAAAUACAGGAUCAGAAAUUCGACGAGAAGAAAAACUUGGUCACCAUCACAGUUGUAUCCCACAAUCCGGAAAUGAUUAAGCAUAAGAUUAUCUGCAAGGGUAGAGGCUGCAUUCAGUUUGUUGAGAAACCACCUCCACCACCCCCACCGGGGCCUCCAGGGCCUCCCGGACCUCCGGGGCCCGUGGGACCUCCUGGGCCAGUGGGACCACCUGGGCCAGUAGGGCCACCUGGGCCUGUGGGGCCUCACGGGCCCGUGGGGCCACCUGGGCCUGUGGGGCCUCCUGGGGUGGGAACACCUGGGCCACCAGGACCAAUCGGGCCUCCAGGCCCUCCUGGACCAAAGCCAUUACCAUGUCGUCCACGUGAACCAGAGCAUCCUAAUGUUGUACCAAUAUGUUAUCCACCGCCCGUUUUUCCAGUCGGAGGAUGUUGCGGUUGGGGUUCUAGUUGCAAUUGUCAAGGAGGGAUACCCCCAUGGUGCUUAAGGCCGCAACCGUGUCCUAAUGAUUGUUAUAGGCCUUGUAAUGUGAACCGUUAUGAGUACUGCAAUGAAGGAGAUUCCACAGGAUGCACAACCAUGUAAACGUAAGAUCAUCAAUCGAUUAUGUCUUUUACAAUAUUAAAAUAAUUAAUGUGAUCUCGCGUACGUAUGUCGUAUAAUCUAAGAUACAUACUCAUGAAAUCUUGUAUGUCCAUUUAAUGAUUUGAAUGAAGGCAAUUUUUAAUAAAAUGCAUGCAGGCUGCAACUGCAUGCCUAUGAUUAUCUUUACCA